UCUUACGACAACGCAUCUGCCUCGAAUUUGUACUUUUAAUUUUAAAUAAUUGACGUUAUUCAAUAUUUACUUUUAACGUUUUAUAAAAGUGCGUACUGUUUUAUCUAUAGCUGACCAAUUUUGUUCGUAGAUGCUAUUACCAUUUGCUAAAAAAAAACUCCAAGCCUGCGGCCUUUGCAUGCACGUUGCAAAAUAAUUUUUACUUGUUAGUUAUUAAAAGAUAUCAAAAUUAAGCUCCCACAGUACAAAAUGGAAGAUUUUUUGAAGAUAGAAAAGAUUGGGGAAGGGACUUACGGUGUUGUGUAUAAAGGUAAAAACAAAAUCACUGGAGAGUAUGUUGCAAUGAAGAAAAUUAGAUUGGAGUCUGAAGAUGAAGGCAUUCCGUCCACAGCGAUACGGGAAAUAUCUUUGCUGAAGGAAUUGAAUCACUCAAACAUUGUGAAACUGGAGGAUGUGCUAAUGGAAGAAAACAAACUUUAUUUAAUUUUUGAGUUUUUGUCUAUGGAUCUGAAGAGAUAUAUGGAUUCACUGGGAUCUGGCAAGUUCAUGGAUCCUGCCACAGUGAAAAGUUAUCUGUAUCAGAUUAACAGUGCUAUUUUAUACUGCCACCAACGCAGGAUUCUACACAGAGAUCUCAAGCCACAGAAUUUACUUAUUAACAAGACAGGUAUAAUUAAGGUAGCAGACUUUGGUUUGGGCCGUGCAUAUGGUGUACCAGUCCGUGUAUACACUCAUGAAGUUGUUACACUGUGGUAUAGAGCCCCUGAGGUGUUGCUUGGCUCACAGAGAUAUUCCUGUCCUAUUGACAUGUGGGCUGUGGGGUGCAUCUUCUCUGAGAUGUCUUCAAAGAAGCCUUUGUUCCAAGGAGACUCAGAGAUUGAUCAACUUUUCAGAAUCUUCAGAAUGCUCCGGACUCCGACAGAGGAGACUUGGCCUGGAGUGUCAUCGCUACCAGAUUACAAGCCCACAUUCCCCAAUUGGUCUACUUACAAUCUACACAAUAAUGUCCAAAACCUAGACGAGGCAGGCAUGGAUUUGCUUCAAAGUUUCCUCGUAUACGACCCGGCAAAGAGGAUCACCGCGAAGGAUACACAAAGGCACAGAUAUUUCCGUGACGUCAAACUGCCCCCGGAAUUGACACGCACAAACGCCUACAUCAAGAAUGAAGACGUCAAAGAGGUUUAGGGCAAACCAAGAGAUUUAAUUAACGACUUCACACAUUAAAAAGAUCAAAUUUGAUGUUUGCAAACUCGAAUUACUGGUCCGAUUCCAAAAAAAAAAUCCAAGCAAAUAACGAACAGGCCGCUAGAAAAUUAAGGUAUUUAACUACCGGGUUCUAUAAAAUACUACUCGUAAUUACUAUAGUUUGCAACCAAUUGUAAUUGAUUUUCUUGUUUAAAAUGUAUUCUAUAUAGAAAAAUCAACUAGUUGCGUUGUAAGUAAUUACAACUGGUAUUUUAUAGAACACGGACAAUUUUGGUCCUUCGAUAUUGAGAUUAAAAUAGAGUCUACCUUUUAUAAUGCGGGAUUCUCAUUGAUUUGAUGUUCCCACUCUAAAAGAUUCAUACAAAUACUGUACUAUUUUUAAUCCUGUGUUUGUUUUCUUUUACCUCAGAAACUGCCGUAUAAAAAUUGUUUGUGUUAAAUAGUCUAUAGAUCGACGAAAGCUAUAUUAUAAAGAAGUACGCACAUACAAAAUUUCAUGGGGAAGUUUUGACCAUGUACUUUAGCAAUAUACCUAAAAAGAGACUCCUGCGCAUCAAUUCGUGUCUUCGUGUUAGAUUAACGUUGGUUUUGUAUGACAUAAUCUGUUGAAAUAUUAAGUUUUUUAACGGAUGUCAAACCAAUAUUCUUUACCGUAAACAUGAAUGUGUUUUGUCAAAUUGAUAACUACAAGCUAAUUUAAAAAAUGGUGUGUGAAUAUAGUUUAUUAAGGUCAACUUAGCACCAACUGAGCCUUAUUGAAAAAUUAUGGGUUAAGAAAAAAAUCGCUUGGUGCUAUCGUAUGUAAUGUAUGGAUAUUUUUGUAGGUAGCAUUUGACAUGCGUUAAAUAUACGACUCGUAAUUCGUUUGGUAUAACGUUUAAAAUAUGCUGGACAUUCUGGUACCAAACUUUGAUGUCAUUUUUUUAAAUUCUUGAACCAUAAUUCACUGCCAAGGGUUGCGAAACUAAUACUAUUUCUGUUUAUAAUAUAGAAGGUGAGAGAGGAUAUAUUUAUUCUGACUUUCGAAAGUACCGUCAUUUCCGAUUUAUUAUUCGACUUAAAUAAAUUCAAAUUAAUUAUAAAGAUCUCGUUUCUCUAAUUAUUCACAGUCUAUUAGUGCAUGUAUGCGUCCCGUAUGUCAAACUAAUAGUAGUCAUAGUUUUCGAUAAGUCCCGUUUAUAAAUCUCUCAUUUUCCUUUAUCUACCCUCGUUUUGAUCAAGCCAUCCUGUUUUAUAGCGGACGAUAUGUUUUAAAAUUCAUGUUGACUUUUUGAACAAAUACUAAGGUUGGUCAUAUAUAACAGUAUGUUUUAGACAGAACAAUUGUGGAAAUUUGCAUAAUUUGAUAUGAAAAUGUUUUCGCAAAUUAUUCAUUGUUUAUAUAUUUUCUUAAUAUUAAUUACCGAAUAGCUUUUAAUAGCAUUUGACGAUUAGGAUUUUAGUU